AGACGAAACAAAAGAAACCGGCGUAGCGUGUACUCACAUUUCUCUCUCUAGAUUUUCUCACUCUUAAAAAAAACUAGAAGUCGUCUCAUCUACCCUUCAACGGAGCAAACCAAAACAAAGCGUAAUAGAUUGAAAUAGACACAUAUAGGACUUUCCAUUGCUGUCUCUCAGUUCAAAUUAUGUCACACCAACCUAUCAUACCUCGUUCACCUUCCACUUCGUCUCUUAGUUUCUCUCUCUAGAAUUCAAUUCAAUGGCUGAUACGUCUACCACUGCGACGGAGGAGGAGACGACCGCGCCGUUGCUUCGGCCUCGGGAGGGCGCCACCGGGGAGGGGGCGACGCGGCCGAAUACGCUCGCGAUGCUGCUAGGGCGGGCUUCAGGCCGGCGGGGGCCGUCGAUGCUGGUGAGGGAAACGGCGGCGCGUGAGCUGGAGGAGAGACGCGCUGACUGGGGGUAUUCGAAGCCGGUGGUGGCACUGGACAUGAUGUGGAACUUGGCGUUUGUGAUUGUGUCUGUGGUGAUGUUAAUUUGUACGGCAAGUGAGAAGACGAAUGUGCCGAUUAGGGUUUGGAUCUGCGGUUACGCGUUGCAGUGUUCGGUUCAUGUGUUUCUGGUGUGGUUGGAGUUCAGGAGGAGGAAUGUGAGGAGGGGUCGGGGUGAGGCGGGGGCGGAAUCGCACGGGGAUGUGAAUGAAAGCGACGAUGAGGAUGGAACUGCGGGGAAUUUAGGGAUUCCAAGUUCGAGUGCCACUAAACGAUGUGAAUCUGUGAAUACAAUGGCAUCAUUUCUCUGGUGGAUAGUCGGCUUCUAUUGGGUAGUUUCUGGUGGUGAAAUUCUUCUGCAUGGUGCCCCACGUUUGUACUGGUUGGCUGUGGUAUUUCUGGCAUUCGAUGUGUUCUUCGCCAUCUUUUGUGUUGUUUUGGCAUGCUUGAUAGGGAUUGCUCUGUGUUGCUGCUUGCCUUGCAUUAUUGCAAUCCUUUAUGCCAUUGCAGGCCAGGAAGGUGCAUCAGAAGCAGAUCUGAGUAUCCUUCCAAAAUACAGAUUCCAAAUAUCUAGCAAUGAUGAAAAGCCUAGUGUUGGAGCAGGUAGAAUGGUUCCCAUUGAAACGAGCAGUUCAUAUGUAGCUAAUGAGCGCGUUCUUUUACCUGAGGAUGCAGAAUGCUGUAUAUGUCUCAGCCCAUAUGAGGAUGGAGCAGAGAUUCAUUCUCUACCCUGCAACCAUCAUUUCCAUUCGACAUGCAUCGUGAAGUGGCUUAAGAUGAACGCGACAUGUCCACUCUGCAAGUACAACAUUCUCAAGGGAAAUGAACAGGUUUGAAGAAAGCGGUCCACAAAGUUUCUGGUUCCAUUUGUUUCCACUUGUUUUCUCCGAAUGUCUAGAAGUAUUUAAGGCAGGAAACAGAGUCUCACAGAUGAAUUUAUAUAUAUAAAAAAAAAAUGAGCUGCGCCAUUCAUUUAAUUGAGCUUCUUGUGUGCCGUUUAGGCCUUUUUGAAGCUCUUAAUUUUCUUGCGUUUUAUAAGCUGCUUCAAGCAUUGUGAUGGAAAAACAAGCUAGCAAUUAGCUUCCUUUAUUUUGUCUUUAGUUUUAUUGUUUUGCAGUUGAUUAUUAGAGGAGGGGGUAAAGGUUACUUCACAUAUAUAUGUAUAUUUUACUUCAUUAGGCUAGCGGUGGAGCUUUUUAGCAUAAUGAAAAGAAUUCUCGAGCAAAA